AUGAAACCACCUUGUAUUAUUCCUGAGCUAAACCAACGAAAAAACCUGGAAGGAGAUUUAAAGGACAUUUAUAUAAAAAUUUUGUCUCCUCUCUCACUGGAAGACGAUGAUAAUGACAGAAUAUUUUUGGUUGAAAGGUUACUAACUAUAAUCCCACAUCCUGACGUGGUAUCUGGCGAAGAGGCAAAUCGUGAUGAUCUUGGUGCUACGGCACCUCUUGAUACAUUGGGUGUAAGAGUCCUAGGUUCGCCAAUCCGUCCUCUAGAAGUUUUUUCCUUCCAUGUAAGGAUUCCUUCUAAUAGUGUUUGGAUACGAAAGACAGGUGAUGAUAAAAGGCCUUUUUCUGCGCCAUUACCUGGUUCAAGACCUUCUUUAACUAUUUCUAUGCCUAAUAAUUCAUCACCGAUUAAAUCCUUUGAUGGAAUGACCUCGGUGCUAAAUACACCAAUUGAUAGAUAUCAGUUUGGUAGCGCAACAACAAAGGAUAUCUGGCCUAUAUCUGUUCCUAUUACAAAUGCGCCCAAUCCUCCGUUUGUUGACGAUUUAAUGAGAUCUGCAGGUUGGCCGACAACUUCUGCUGAACAUCAACAACAACAAACUUCCUUAUCACCAUGUGAAGUACCUGGUGUCGGAUCCAAUUCUUCGCGUGUUGCACAGUCAGAUGAGAUUGGAUAUUUCGGUAUGAGAAAGCAAUAUUGGAUAACAAAAAUCAUCAGAUUUCUAGUCGACACAUAUGUAAUCAUGGAUGGAAAUAGUCAAGAUCCGUCCAUUGAUCGUAAAAUUAAUGUUGUGGUUGAAUCUAUGACAAAUAAUUAA